AUGAAUAAUGAAACGGUUAUCUUUUGUUUUUUUUUUUUUUUUUUUUUUUUUUUUUUUUUUUUUUUUCCAACCUCUUAUGCGAAAAUUUUUCAAAUUUUUUUUGUAAAAUAUUUUUUUUGA